CCAUCAUCACGUUGCGCACAUGGCGUAGGAUGUGACCGCGCCACACCCAGCUGUUUCUGAACUACAGUUCGCAGGGACCCGCUUGUGUAAUAGUCGGGGGCGACCAGUGGCACGGAGCGCACGCUGCCGCUCCACUGCUGUGCCUCCCUUCAUGUCCCAAUAACAGCAGAAGACGAGAGGCGCGUGAGCGAGAGCCUUGCACGCGUUGAGGAACAAUACGCGGCGAUAGCCCUUGCGACCAAAGUCGACACCGAGACACUGUAAUGUCCUAUCAGCCUGUUUAAAAUGGGCUUGUUUUUAUAUAUCGCUGGAUCUGCCAACCCCACCGAGGCAACUGUCUACGAGCAGGUUCUCCACUGUGAGGGUGUGAAUAAUAAAAGCUACGUGUGCGAGACGGGACACUGCUGUGGAGAGUCCCAGUGCUGCAGCUACUACUAUGAACUCUGGUGGUUCUGGCUGGUGUGGGCCAUCAUCUUCAUCCUGAGCUGCUGCUGCGUUUGUCAUCAUCGACGCACCAAACACAGACUGCAACAACAACAACGGCAGCAUGAGAUCAACCUCAUUGCCUACAGAGAGGUUCACAACUACACCUCGCUGCCCUUCUACUACAGAUUCCUACCCAACUAUCUCCUUCCAGAGUACGAGGAGGUAGUGCAUCGGCCGGCUACGCCCCCUCCUCCAUAUAGUGCCUUAAACACGGGCCCUCCGACCUACACGAGCCCUUUAACCACCGAGCAGCAGGAUGCACACUGCGCACCCGGACGGACCACUCCAGUGCCGCCUGCAUCUGAAACGCUCUGCUCCAGACCCAGCCUCGAGGACAUCCACACCUCUGACGGGUACCACCAGAAAGAAGACGGCAAGGGCGAGAUGGAGCUAGAGCAGGACUCGGGAGGCGCUCAGCAGCCUCCCAGCGCGGAGAAGCAGAACGACUGCAGGAAGGAGCCGUUUAGGAACGUGCCGAUACCUGAAGAGAAAGAGAGGAGUGUGGGAAGACACCGCAGAUUCACAGGGGACUCUGGGAUUGAGGUGUGUGUUUGCGGACGAGGCUUGGAGAGCCACGAGCCCAAAGAAUUCGAGGGGCUUUUGAGCGACGAGGACCAGGAGGAUUUCUGCGAGGAGUGCGGCCUCCGUUCUUACGGAGAGGAAAAUCAGGGAACUCUGUCCCCAGAAAACAGGGUAGAGCGUGGAGCAUCGCCAAUGUCGCAAUCUAAGAAUCACCCGCUCUGCCUCUAUUUGCACACAAUUAAUGAACAAGAGGGUCCGCUACAUAGCAACACAGAAUCGUCAAGCUAAGGCGAGAGGAGGACAAGACGUACAGGGAAGCUGCGGCAUGCAGUGCAGGAGCAAGCAAAGACUUUGCUGAGCAAUUGCACAAUAUGUACACUUGUUUGUAAGCAUGCAAUGGAAACGAUUGGAUUUUCUCUACACCGUUGUUCCGUCUUUUUAAUGCGGUUCAGAAUCUUAAAAGUGCGCAAAUACGGGCUCCAAGUGCUCCACUAGACGAUACACGUGGUGCUGUAGCGGUGCAUUCAGGUAUUCCCCGGGAGAUUCGUAUUUACGAGUUGAGUCGUCGUAGUUCUGACAUUGCGUAGUAAAAUGGCGGAGUAGAAAACAUCCACAAAAUAUUUAGUUUGUUUUAAUGUUUUUAUUUAAUAUGUAAAGGUGCUGUAAAUCGAAUCGCAGUCUGUCGUAGCCGUACAACACGUUUGUACGUGCAGCACAGCAAAAGAAAAAUACCCUCAAUACAUCCGCAGCUCAGAAACGCAUGGAAUAUUCAUCGUUUCUUCUUGGUGGCAGUCGUUUGCGUUCAGCUUGUGAAUACGAUCUGCCUGACAGUACUUGUGCGCAUCGUAAGACAUCCUCCAGGUACGGCCGCAUUUACUCUGCGCAGCUUUGUGGGGGAAUUCAAUGAAUUGAAAUCGAGCGAACAUGAAAACGAAGCUUUCAGAUUCAUGUACAAUAAUGUGAAUUCAGUAGAAAGCUGCUCGGUUGGAUAUUGACUUCCGCGUGAGCAGUGCUAUGCGCGUUGCCACGCUAUUGAGAACGGACCAGUUUUACCUUCGAAAUUUUGCUGAAAUUGAAACGUGACCAGACUUUAACCGAGCUUCGAAAUAUGUAAACACUAGUGCGCUAAACGUUGUGUCCUCGGGACGGUCGAAGAGCAAUCUAAAAACUGACUGAACACCAGAAAAACACCAUGUGCUUUUAAUGUCCAUGGUGACUUUCCAUAAUGUGAUGGGACGAAUCUUAUUGGUGUGGUUUUUUUUUGUUUUGCACAAUCGCGUUCUUCUGAAUGAGUCGUAUUCAUGAUUAUUCAUUUCAAAUGCAAGGUAUUUACGUACAGUCUUAAUUCACAUUCUGUCUGUUUAUAUUGUGCUCUUUUGGCUGCCGUGUACUCUGAUGAAUUAUUAAUGUGUAUUUGGUGUUCAGAACCAGUUUGAUUUAUAAAUCUGAGUUUCUGUAGCCAAACUAGGCUAUACAGAUGGUGAUACGGGGCCGAUGUUAGAAUUGGGCUUGGAGCUGCUUUAUUACUACUAAUCAUCGGUUUUUGAUUGCAAGCAUACAUCCAUACAUACAUAAUCAAUAUUCCUUUUGAACCUGUAGGGAUGAAAGCCUUGCCAAAGGGAGGUGUCUUUAGCACACAAGCGUUUACUGCAUUAAGUCGGUUCUUUUAGGUGUUUAGUCAUUGAUAUAAGCUACCGAUUAAAUUAUUAUUAUUUUUUUUUAAUUUCUGAUUGAACCUAUUCAAGUGAACUCCAAAGACAGAAACACUUUGAUGUUUGUAAAAUGAUAAUAUACAUGAAUCUUUGUGUAAAGCACAUCUCGUUGAACUUGAUGAACACAUAUGGGUACAGAUUUGAUUAAGCUUUAUGGUGGUAACAUGGUUUUUUUUUCAAGUGCCUUUUAUUUCAAUUUUGCACUGUUACAACCACUCUAAAUAUGGUUUCGCAUGCCAGUUGUCAAGUGACUUUUUAAACCUUAGCCUCAUCGAAUAUAGUUUUAUAUAAAAACUGUGCCUUGAUUUUAUAUUCACAUGCAUACUAAUGAGCCAUGUAUGUAAUGAUAUGAUGAUCUAUUUUUGUACUUCUGCACCAAAGUAGCUUCAGUUUCAAGGUCCUCCAUGACCUCUGAACACCGCUUUCAAAGCUCUCCAAGUUAAUUUAUUUCACCGCCCUAAUGAAUGUUAUUAGAAAAGAGAUUUGCUGCUCUUACCGGUGUCUCUGUGAUGACAAUCUAUUAUUAUUAUUAUUAUUAUUAUUAUUAGAGCUAGCUUGGAGACCGAUACCUAAUCAAUCUCUUUCUCUGAUAUAUUAACUCUGAUAUAUUAAAUUAAUAUUAGAUGCUGAUUUUCAAAGUCUUAAAUGCUCUGAUGCGUCCCAUUUAAGGCUUAAAAUAUUAUGUCAUAUUGUACAGCCUGCAGCUGUUUCGUCUAACAAUGUAAUCAAAUGAGUUAUGACGCGGUUGAUAUUUUUAUCUGUUAAAAAAAUCGCUAAACUGUUCAUUAAAUCAAAUCAAAACAA